GGUAGUAGCACUGCAUACAGUCGAUACAGUGGUAUAAGCUCCAGCCCAGUCCGAUUUGGAUCAAAAGCAUCAACGUCGACGCGCGCUGAUCCAAUUAUCGUCCCUCAUUCGACGAGUGCCAUUGGCGUUAAACGUAAACUAGAAAGUUCCUUUCGAGCUCCAGUUAAUAAGGUCCCAAAAAGCCUUGGAAUUACAACUAUGAUGAGACUUGGACAGGCUAUAACGGCUACGGAAACUUCGCAGGAGAUUGUUGAAGUUUCAAGAUUUAAUAUUAAUGAUAUGGUCUGGUCACCGCCAGUAUCCGUACACUUUACAAUUGAAAAGGAGAAGUUUGCUGAAGGUGGUUUUCGUGCUGCGUACAAGGCUACCUCGAAAUCACCAAAUUUUGAAGGUAAAACCUACAUUGUGAAACGCUUCUUACCUAAAACAGUUGAACUGAUUGGAGCAGUAAACGAGACUCAAGAAGACCAUGCACGAAAGUCUAUUCAGAUGCAAGCAUUGGCAAAUAAUUUCGCAGAACAAGUUGCAGCAAAAGUAGAGAAAGAUGGAAACAAAAAUGUAUUUGGAAAGCCAUUUCGGUAUGUUGAUGCAUUUUUGGGAAAGGUUCAGCGCACAAACCAAAUUGUAACAAUAGAACAGUUUGCAUCCGGUACUUUCCAAAAAUAUGUAAACAACGAUGGAACAAUCUCACAUAACAAGGACAUUGAGAAGCAAAGAAAGGCUGAAAGCCUUGUUCAUUUUUCGUUUGUAAAGUCGAACAGGAAACUCUUGUUGGUAGAUAUCCAAGGAGGUGAGUAUAACCUAACAGAUCCUGAAAUUGCCACAGUGUCUGGCAUAUAUGACAAUGACGACCACCUUCUCUUCUGUGCUGGAAAUCUAUCAACAGAAGCAUACUUGAAUUUCUUCAAUGCUCAUAAGUGUAAUGCAUUUUGUAACCUCCUUGGUCUCGUGCCGGAAGAAGUAGAGAAUGAUGCGUAA